UCUCCAAUUUUUCAGUGAAAUCUAUUAUUUUUCUUCAUUUCCAUCUCGCCCCUGAAUCUCAAAGUCUCUCAACAAUAUCUGAUGCAAAUAAUCACGACCUUUCUGAAGUGAACGUAUCUGUGGUGGUCAUUCGAUAACGUUGAUUAAUACUUGCAUCUACCAUAAAAAGUCGGUAACGUUAACAAGACGGAAUCUAUUAAAUUUCAUUAAUCGAUUGAAAAGUUUCAGUUCACUUGUUGCUUUCGUUUCUGUUGUUUCCCAGAGAUACCCAUGUUCGAACACUUUCAUUCGGUGAUUUUGGUGCUCCUGUUCAGCUAUGGAACUCCCUUUCCUACAGACAGACCUGCCAUCAACAUCAAAUUCCUCGAACUGCUACCAGAACACCUCUCCAACGCCUUUUUGGGGACACUCUUCAACUCUUCUCUUUCUAACGUGCUCAAAGUAGCAGAUAGGUUCAAAUUCUGCAACGCUGAUGUCGACGAGUUGAAAUUCUUGGUGUACACAGUUAACCAGAGUGAACCUCAAGAUAUGAGAGUUACCAAGGUGAACAUGGACAUGGAUCUGCCCACGAAAAUUUUGAUCCACGGUUGGUUUGGCACCGGAAAUAACGAAUUCAUCAAGAAGCUGGCCAAUCAGUACCACAAGAAGGGGAAGUAUAAUGUUAUAGGUAUAGACUGGUCUAAACACUCUAAAAAGGAUUAUAUCCGAUCAUCCUGUACCACAAUGGAUAUUGGAAAAUCCAUCAGUAAAUUCGUAUGGGACAUUAUAAGAAACGACGUCACGAAACUGUCUAAUAUCCAUCUCAUAGGACAUUCUCUAGGUGCUCAAGUGGCAGCUUUUGCCGGUAAAGAUAUGCAGGAGAGGACUGGAAGGAAAAUUGGGAGAAUAACUGGUUUGGACGCAGCAGCCCCUUUGUUCGAAUUUCCCUUGAAGGUUCCCAAGCAUCUGAGGCUGCAUUCAGAAGAUGCGGAGUUUGUGGAUGGUAUCCACACCAAUAUGGGUUUCUUUGGCUUCGCGUCAGCUUUUGGGACUGUAGAUUUUUUCGUUGAGAAUGGCAGCCCUGUGCAGCCAGGUUGCAACGAGGAGAACUUCUUCGAAGAUCUUGUUUGCAGUCACUCAAGGGCUGUGGAUCUCUACCAAGAAUCCAUAAUUUCGAAGAAAUUAGUGGGACAGGAGUGUCCAAAUCCUUUCGUGUAUCGCAUAGGAUUAUGCUCGAACAGAAAGCGAGCUGUUAUGGGAGAGGAGAGUCCAAGGACUGUCAAGGGUAGUUAUUUCUUGGAAACAUACGACCGACCCCCGUAUGGUAGGGGUUGAUGAGCCAGGAGGAAUUUAAUUGGGAGGAAACUUGAUGUACUUGAGAUUUCUACGGGUUGCGACAGUGUAAAGUGUAAAUAACAGGUUGUUAGUGAAAUUAAGGAAAUAGAUUGAACAUAUUUAUUAAUAUUAUCCUGUAAUGUAUACGUAAUAUUCUGUUAUUAAU